CUUAUAUAUACAAUUAACUAAAACAAAACGUGAAGAUACUCUUCUCCAUCAAAACUUGCUUCUCUUUAUUGACUUUAAAAAACCCCAAUCUUGAAGCCGAAUCAAGAACGUAACCAAACAUGUCCGAUCAUCAGAAAAUCCAUCCGGUAAGCGACCCGGAAGCGCCACCACAUCCAACGGCUCCCCUUGUUCCACGUGGCUCCUCGAGAUCGGAACACGGUGAUCCCACCAAGACACAGCAAGCAGCACCGUUGGAUCCUCCGAGUAAGAAGAAAGGAUCAAGAAGUUGUUGGUGCAGAUGCGUGUGCUACACGCUUCUCGUCCUCUUUCUCCUUAUUGUUAUCGUUGGAGCGAUCGUUGGUAUACUCUACCUUGUCUUUAGACCAAAAUUACCGGAUUACAAUAUUGACCGGUUACAGCUCACCCGGUUUCAACUAAACCAAGACUUGAGUUUAUCUACCGGGUUUAACGUUACCAUAACCGCGAAAAAUCCCAACGAGAAAAUCGGAAUUUACUAUGAAGAUGGAAGCAGAAUUAGUGUCUUGUACAUGCAAACCAGACUCAGUAAUGGGUCAUUGCCGAAAUUCUACCAAGGACAUGAGAAUACGACUAUUAUAUCCGUAGAAAUGACUGGUUUUAAUCAGAAUGCAACAAGUGUAAUGACGACAUUGCAAGAGCAACAACGGUUAACAGGAAGCAUACCGUUGCGGAUUAGAGUUACCCAACCGGUUCGGAUCAAACUCGGGAAAUUAAAGUUGAUGGAAGUAAGAUUUUUGGUUAGGUGUGGUGUAUCCGUUGAUAGCUUAGCUGCUAACAGUGUGAUUAGGGUUAGAAGUAGUAACUGCAAAUACAGGUUUAGACUAUAAUUUCAUUUCUUAUUCAUAAUUAUUUUAAUAUUUGUCACAUUUUUUAUUAUUACAAUAUGGAGGGGUUGAGUGUUGUAGUUCCCCCCAUCCACGGUCGUCUCCUUUAUUUUUUAAGAAAAAAGUAAUUUUGUUUCACACUUGUAAAUAAUUAAUAAAAGAAACCUUCUAUUUGCAAUUUUUAAUAUAUAAUUUGUUUGUUUCUGUUUACUAAGAAGUUUUGGAUCUUGACCCGUAGUCUUUUCGAAUGUUGAUUUAAAUGAAGAAAGAAAUCGACUAAUAGAAAGAAAAAUGAAAAACUAAAAAACUACUAGAAAAGGAAGAAACCAGAAAACAAAUGCUAUUUUAUCAUGUGCGCUUAAUCCAUCCUAUGUUGCAUAAUGAUCUUUGUCGAAAGAUGGAAGAGUUUGGUUAGUGAUUGAAAUUGAAUUGGGAUUGAAGAGGCGGUCAAUCUGUAUGUGUGCUUUUUUUAGUUAAACCGUGGGAGUUCCGGACCGUUGGUCCAUAAUCUCCCUCAGUAUCUGGGGCCAGCUUUAGUCCAUUCCUAUUUAAUGCUUCUCCAUUCCAAAGAAG